AUGAAAGCUAGGCGAGACAAGCGGCAGGCAAGUGCCGUUACUAAGUUCCGGCUUUUGAUGUGGAAGAAUUUUUUGCAGCAAUGGCGUCACCGUAAACAAACAGUUAUAGAGCUGAUUUUACCGGUCGCUACCAUGGCUCUAGUGCUCAUCUUGCGUUCGCAAAUAGAACCUGUAGUGCAAGAUAUGAAGACAUAUCCGCCUAUAAAUGCACAUUCCCUCAAUUUUUCUUUACCGGUUUUAGCUGGUAUGAAUUUAAGUCAACUAACAUUUGCUUAUUCUCCGGAAAAUCCAAUGCUCGAUGACGUAAUAAGAAGUUCUGUAGCAAAUUUGUUAAUUUUAAAUAUAAGGGAUUUAAUACCCACCACUUUAAAAAUAUUUUCUUAUGAACCUAAAAUUGAAAUACCGUCUAUAAAUAUCAAUUCAACAGUUAUAUAUGAGCUGUUGAAGAGGCUUGUUAGAGUAAGAGCAUAUAAUAGUAGUGCUGAUUUAAGGAUUAUUUAUGCGAAAGAAGAAUUCACGCGAACAGUAUUAGCUGCUGUAGAGUUCGAUGAUGAUCUGAGAGACGCAUCCGAGUUGCCUAUCAACCUGUCUUACGCCCUACGUUUCCCUGAAAGGCCCCGAUUAAAUUCAUUUUAUGCAUUAGGGGGUCGUACUUGGCGAACAGAUGCUAUCUUUCCCGUUUUUGAACUACCUGGACCAAGAUUCCCUGAUUCGUGGGAGGGAGGUAACAAUCCGGGUUAUGUCAAUGAAAUGUUUGUUGCGCUUCAACAUGCUAUUUCAACGGAAUUGAUUUCGAGAAUCACAGGAGAGAAUUUACGAAACUUUAAUGUAAAAUUACAAAGGUAUCCUCAUCCAGCGUAUGUAGAAGAUCUCGUUGUAGAGGCAUUGCAACUACUUUUCCCCAUGUUCAUUUUAAUUAGCUACAGCUACACAGCUGUGAACAUUGUAAGAGCUGUAACAGUGGAAAAGGAGCUCCAAUUAAAAGAAGUCAUGAAAAUAAUGGGUCUACCUUCAUGGUUACAUUGGUCUGCAUGGUUUUGUAAACAAUUUAUUUACUUGAUAAUUUCGGCGUCUUUAAUCGUCAUUAUUUUGAAGGCUAACUGGUUCACAAAUGAAGAGGGUUUUAAUGACUAUGCAGUGUUUACAAAUACACACUGGAGCGUACUCUUCUUUUUUACAAUUUUGUAUUUAACUUGUAUGAUAUUCUUCUGCUUCAUGAUAAGUGGUUUCUUUUCAAAAGGAAGUACGGCAGCUUUAUUUGCGGGUGUCAUUUGGUUCCUGUCCUCUGUGCCUGCAGUGUUAUUGACUAUGGACUUAGAAGUUUCAACCACCGCUCAAGUGUUGACAUGUCUCAGUAUCAACACAGCCAUGUCCUUCGGCUAUCAACUGUUAUUGUCAAAAGAGAGUACAGGCGGCAUGCAAUGGGGAGAAUUCAUGGCAUCAAACACCGCCGAUUCAUCACGGUUCGUUUUCGGCCAUGUGGUGGUAAUGUUGUUAGUGGACAGCUUUGUCUAUAUGUUGAUUGCUCUGUAUCUGGAACAAGUGUUGCCUGGACCUUAUGGGGUACCUAGGCCUUGGUACUUUCCUAUUCAGCGUGAUUUUUGGUUUCCUAGACGUAAUAUUUUACCAGACGAACUAAACGAGGUCAGUAAUAAUGAAGAGAUAAAGGAAAAUGAACCGGUCGAUCAUGAAAUUGGAGUUAAAAUCAUUAAUUUGACGAAGAUAUACGGAAAUAACGUCGCCGUGAAUAACUUGAAUUUGAAUAUUUAUAAUGAUCAGAUAACCGUGCUUCUUGGGCAUAAUGGUGCUGGAAAAUCAACGACCAUCUCUAUGAUUACCGGUAAUGUGGAUGUGACUCGUGGUACGGUCUGGUUGGCUGGCUACGAUGUGCGACAGCAAUUGAAUGAGGCGCGUGCACAUCUCGGAUUAUGUCCGCAACACAAUGUGAUCUUUAAUGAGCUUACCGUCCGUGAACAUCUCGAAUUCUUCGCUAAGCUCAAAGGAUACUCUGGUCAGGAGCUCCAUGAUGAAGUUGAUAUCCUUAUAGGCGACCUAGAAUUGCAAGACAAGCGAGAUUAUAUAGCCGGUGGUUUAUCUGGUGGUCAAAAACGUCGCCUCUGUGUUGGCAUAGCGCUGAGCGGAGGUGCCCGUGUCGUGCUUUUAGAUGAACCAACAUCAGGCAUGGAUCCAGCUUCUCGACGCGCUCUUUGGGACUUGUUGCAGAAAAAGAAAAACGGGCGAUCAAUGAUACUUACAACACAUUUCAUGGACGAAGCGGAUAUCCUUGGUGAUCGGGUAGCAAUAAUGUCAAGUGGCCGCCUCCAGUGUGUUGGCUCUCCUUAUUUCCUCAAGCAACACUAUGGCGUGGGCUACACGCUUGUUGUUGUUAAAAAGGAAAAUUUCUCUUCUGAAAAGUGCACAGAAAUUAUUAAUAAAUAUAUCCCAAACACAACAAUCAAGGAAGAUCGAGGUUCAGAGGUGACUUAUGCGUUGCCGAAUAUUUACUCUCAUUUCUUCGAAGAUAUGCUGAAUGAUCUAGAAAAAAACAUUGACAGAAUUCAAUUUAAAAAUUACGGAUUAGUUGCAACUACUCUGGAGGAUGUCUUCAUGUCCGUAGGGUCCGAUGUAGAGAUACUCUCCGAUAUGGAUGAUAGCGCUACCGUGACUACGAACAGCACCGAAGACGUACUCAAGUGUGAAUGUGGUUCUACAGAAUACCUAGACAAAAAAGACGAAAGUAUUCGUGGAUGGAGACUUUUGUGUUUUCAUUAUUUCGCAAUAUGGCAAAAACUUUUAUUGGUCUGGAGUAGAUCUUGGGGUGUGCUGUUGUUACAAGUUCUUGUGCCAUUGCUCAUGAUAAACAUUUCACUGGGUAUCCUUCAAUAUAUUAUUUCUCACUCACCAUCCAUACAGUCAAGGCCUCUUACGCUUGCAGAAGGAUACGUAGCUACAGAAUCAUUAUUGAGUUACAAUGUUACCUCAGAGACAGGGAUCGGUGCUUGGGCUAAAGAGGGAUACGAGUUGUUUUUUGGAACUAAUGAUGUUAACACCAUGACACUGACAGUCGUUGACGGCAAACCUAUUGAUGAAUAUUACCUUGAAAGGAUAGAAAGUUCGAUGUCAAUAGGAGGUGUUCGGAAUCGUUUGCUGAUAGGUGCAACUUUUACGGAUGACUCUGUUACGGCGUGGUUCAGUAACUUCGGCUAUCACGACGUGGCUACUUCGCUGGCGACAGUGCACUCUGCUUUCCUUAAGUCUUGGAACACCGCUGCAAGUCUUAACGUGUUCAAUCAUCCUCUUGAAGCUAUUUAUAAGGAUCAGGACAACUUGCAACUUAUGGUUGCUUUUUUAUCUACGCAAGUUGCAACAAGUCUCGGAAAUAGUUUGGGAAUAGUGAGUGCUGCUUACAUCAUGUUUUAUAUAAAGGAACGUGUUUCCCGCGCCAAAUUGUUGCAAAAAGCAGCCGGGGUGCAACCGGUUGUGUUGUGGGGAGCUGCGGCGAUUUUUGAUUGGUUCUGGUUUCUAAUUGUUUCUCUUACAGUUAUCAUAUCCUGCGCAGCGUUUCAGGUCAUCGGAGUCUCCACCUUAACAGAGUUAGGUCGUUUAUACCUCUGCUUAAUGGUGUACGGCGCGGCUAUGUUGCCUUUACACUAUCUCUUUUCGCAUAUAUUAUCCGGACCUGCAUUGGGUUUUGUGAUUAUGUUUUUCAUUAACGUUUUAUUUGGUAUGAUGGGGGCACAGAUAGUAGAGGCAUUGGCAUCACCACAAUUGGAUACAAAGGACGUGGCUGAAAUUAUGGAUCAAAUUUUACAAUUUUUCCCGUUAUAUAGCCUUGUGACCUCUGUCAGGAAUUUAAAUCAAAUUGGUUUGACCGAGCACUCGUGCUUGCAGAGCUGCGAUUACUUAACCGCCAUACUGCCCAAUAUGGAGGAGUGUACUAUGGAAAGCCUUUGCGAAUUAUUCUCCGAUGCAUGUUGUGUUCGGGAAAAUGCGCAUUUCGAUUGGGAGGAGCCGGGAAUUCUUCGAUACCUAGUGUGUAUGAUGGCUUCAGGUGUGAUCUUGUGGGUGCUGCUUUUGGCCAUCGAGUACAAGAUAUUACAGAAGUUUAUCAACCGUGAAAAGAAGCCUCCAGUGGUGGAUGAAAACACGUUAGAUGAUGAUGUCGCUGAUGAGGCGAGGCACGUGAACGCUGUCACUGGUUCAGCGAUCGCACGGCACGGUCUCGUAGCGAAAAAUCUAUCCAAGUACUACGGAAAGCAUUUAGCUGUCGACCAAGUAUCUUUCAGCGUAAGCGACGGUGAGUGUUUUGGGUUACUUGGUGUAAACGGCGCAGGCAAGACGACUACUUUUAAGAUGCUGAUGGGAGACGAGACAAUUUCAAGUGGAGACGCUUUUGUCAGUGGUUAUUCCGUGAAGAAAGAUAUUACCAAAGUGUACGAAAAUAUUGGUUACUGCCCUCAGUUCGAUGCUGUAUUUGGAGAGUUAACAGGACGAGAAACAUUGCGUUUAUUCUCCUUACUCCGUGGCCUGCCUACGGAAAAUACAAACUUGAGGGCCGAAGCAUUAGCGCAAUCGCUUGGCUUCUUUAAGCAUUUAGACAAAAGGGUGGAUCAGUACUCGGGCGGCAACAAGCGCAAGCUGAGCACCGCGGUGGCACUGCUGGGGCGUACGCGGCUCGUGUUCGUGGACGAGCCGACGACGGGCGUGGACCCGGCCGCCAAGCGGCAGGUGUGGCGCGCCGUGCGGGACGCGCGCCGCACCGGCCGCGCGCUCGUGCUCACCUCGCACACCAUGGAGGAGUGCGAGGCGCUCUGCUCGCGCCUCACCAUCAUGGUCAACGGCCGCUUCCAGUGCCUCGGCACGCCGCAGCACCUCAAGAAUAAGUUUUCAGAAG